AUGCUUUUUAAUUGUCAAGGAUACUUGAUUGCAAAUGACUAAUCUAAACACGAAGUUUCUCUUAAUGCAUCUCCCCUAGGAUUAACAAUUAAAGUAAAGACUAAUUCAAGUUAAAUAGAUGACAAGUACAGAUUCCUAAAUAGCUUUUAUACCAAGAGGUACGAUAGAUAGCGUUCUAACAUGGUUUCGUUCAAUUAAUGAAGGUAUUUUUGACUAUUAAAUUUAAGUAAACAAAACAGGUACGUUGGAUUUGGAAAGCAUAGACCGUAACAUUAAGGUUACAAUUGAUAUUGAGUUAUGUAAUUUACAGAACUUGGAACGUCUUCUUCGUGGUAAAGUUCUGUUCAAAAGAAGACCUUGCUUUAAAAGAAUCAAUAGUAUAGCCAAUAAUAUUUGUAUCAAUCUAAUAUUAUACUAGUUUUAUUAUAGAUAGAAGGAACCAAUAAUUACAUGGUUGAAAAGAUGGCCUACUUUCCGCAUGUGUCUUACGAUACUUCAAAUUUAACAAGAUUUGUAUAUUAAAAACACUUAUUAUAACCAAGGAAUAAAUAAAGUAGGAAUAAAUGAUUCUAAAUAACUUAAGGGAUCAUCCUCAUCCAAGUAUAAUAUAAUUGGAAGAAAUUUCGUGUGAUGAUAAUUCUAUAUCGAUACUAAUAGAAUACUGCCCAGGAGGUGAUUUACUAAAGUUUUUGAACCAAAAUAAUCACGAUAUCAACCAUUAAUUAGUGAUGAAAAAAUUGUUAAACGGUAUUAUAUAAAAAUAUUUUAAUAAGUUGUUUAACACCUUCAUUCGUUGGACAUAUUGCACAGAGAUAUAAAACUUUAAAAUGUUUUACUUAGAAUUCCUAAGGAUGUUAAUAGUCUCGUUUUAGCAGACUUUGGGUUGGCUUGUCAUAAAUCAUAAAUCCCAUAUUAUAAUACUAGGUAUGAUGUUGUAUCUUAUAGAUCUUUAGAUGCGGAACACCUGGGUACACAGCUCCUGAGGUUUUCACAUAAUCCAUAUAUGAUUGCAAAGCUGACAUAUUCAGUUGCGGUGUAAUAUUUUUUAAUCUGUAAUUUUUUUCUUCUAUUUGAAGAUUAACAUUAAAGAAUCCUUUUGGAUCCUCUAGAAAUCCAUAGGCUUUGCUUUUAAAAAAUAUAGCUGUGGAUUAUGAAUUGACUCAUUUGGAUCUCAUUAAGACCAGAAAUCCUUUGGCUUAUGAUUUAGUCAUUCAGAUGCUACAAAAAGAUUCUAAAUUGCGACCUUCAGCCACACAAUGUUUAUAGCACCCAUUCUUUAAUUAAGUGAUAGUAGAAUAAAAAGAGGGUUCAACUUUUGAUAACAUUUAGUAAGUCUUAGGAAUUACUUUAUAGGUUCAACAAUCCUAUCCAUCAAAUGGUGAAAGUAAAUUAAACUAAGCCUCAUUAAAUGCCAUAGUUUAAAUGA